AUGCGGUGGCGGCUGCCUGGCGCCCGUACGACCCUCCCCGCCAGCGUCGCCCUUCUUCUGCUCCCUAUUCUUGUUGCUCCGCAGCAGCUGCAGGAACAUCAUGACCUCCCCUCGACCGUGUCCGUUCCGCUCCCUCCGACACGACGUUCUUUCGACCAUGACCCCCUUUCCACAAUUAACGUGAAAUCCAACGAUGCGAGCGCCCUAGCAACCAUGGCUCUGGCGGGCUCCGGCCGCGCCGUUCGAGCCCAUCCUGCCCAGGCCAGCAGUUCGUCUGCCGGCCUGGCACCGCAGCUUCACGCGCGGUCUCUGCAGGAUUGGGAGGUUGAGGACUUUGUCCUAUUGGCGACCGUCGACGGUUCCAUUCACGCGCGCGAUCGCAAGACCGGCACAGCCCGCUGGGCCCUGGAGGUCCCGAGCAGUCCGAUGGUCGAGAGCAUCUACCAUCGAGCCAACCGGUCGAGCUUCGAUCGGGCUCAGCCCGAAGAUGAUUUCAUUUGGAUUGUCGAGCCGAGUCAAGACGGCAGCUUGUAUAUAUAUAGUCCCGGUCCGGAUGCGGGGCUGCAGAAGUUGGGGUUGACCGUCAAGGAAUUGGUGGAGCAGACUCCCUACUCGGGGACCGACCCGGCCGUUACCUACACGGCUCGGAAGGAGACAACGCUAUAUACCGUGGAUGCGCGGACUGGAAAUAUUCUGCGAGUUUUCAGCUCCAGGGGUCCUAUCACCUCUGGGCACGAGUGCCGCAAGGUCGACGGUUUUGACCUGGAAGCGGAGGAGUGUGAUACACCUUCCGGCACCCUGGUACUUGGUCGUGUUGAGUAUGCUGUAGCGAUACAAAAUACAGAGACUGGUGAUCCGAUCUGCACAUUGAAGUACUCCGAAUGGACGGCCAACAAUCGCGACAUGGAUCUUCAGAGCCAGUACUUCCGGACGAUGGAUCAGAGUCACAUUUACAGCAUGCAUGACGGAGUGGUGUUGGGAUUCGAUCACUCACGAAUGGACCGUCCUCGUUACACUCAGCGUUUUUCGUCUCCUGUGGUUCGUGUCUUCGAUGUCGCGCGCCCCGUCAACGUCGAAUCGCCCGAGGCAGCCACUCCGCUUGUGCUUCUUUCGCAGCCUCUGCAGCCGCCUGAUCCCGACUACGGCUCGUUGGAUGACAGAGAUGCAAGGGUGUUCGUUGAUUGCACUGAGGCGGGCGGUUGGUUUGCAAUGUCUGAGGAGACUUACCCUCUUGUUACAGGACGGGCCAAAAUGGCUCAGUGCUACGAGAAAGAUUACCUACGGCACGGCCAGGCCCUCACAAGCUUGUCGACUAGUCAACAGCGCGAUGCGCUGGCGGGAGUUCACUCGCUGAAUGGUCCCCGGAUUAUCCGCAAUAUCCCUAGUAUCUCGGGGUCAUCACCCCUAGAGCUAGCUAAUGAUACUCCUCGAGAAUUAAUGCGCAGUCCCUCCGAACUGGCGCUGCCACCUGCCCUGCGGCACAGUACAAUUAUCCGAAAAGGCUGGGAUAACGCUGUUGAUAUCUUCGUGACCCUCCUACUGUUGUUCUUUGGCGCCUUCAUCUACUUCAAUUCCCACAACAUACAGGAACUCGCCAAACAGAAACUGGACGUCAAGAACAUUAUCGCUUCCUACGCUCAGCCUCCACUGUCGACUCCCUCCACUCCUGUUGUCGGAACCACUCAUUUCAAGCGUGAUAACAGCCCAAGCAGACCAAUAUCGAACCUCACGGUCGAGGUUGAGGUGCCUGAAGAGCAACAAGGUGGCGAUGCGACCCCAAAGCCGAAGCGAGAUCGCAGUAUCGUUGGCCCUGAUUCCACUCCUCGAGUGAAAAUUCGAGAACCUCCCCGUGGCCACGACAGUGACGACGAUGUUGAUGAACUGGACCAGGCAGGAUCAUCCGAGAAGCCUAAAAGGAAAGCCCGCCGAGGUAGACGGGGAGGCAAGAAUCAUAGACGCGGAAAGAAACCUGACUCGGAAGGUGAAUCAAAGGAUCAGGCGGACCGAGUCGUGGACGAACUGAACAGCCUGCAGCCUCAGUCCCGCCUGGAGCCCGACGUCCAAUUAGUGAGGACCGUGUCCAACGAGGUUGUCGAAAUGGACGGUGUUGUUCAGAUUGGCCGACUCAAGGUGUUCAGCGACGUUGUUCUCGGCCAUGGCAGCCACGGAACGGUCGUGUACCGCGGAUCCUUUGAUGGCCGGGAUGUUGCGAUCAAACGCAUGUUGGUUGAGUUCUAUGACAUCGCGUCUCAUGAAGUCGGACUAUUGCAGGAGAGUGACGAUCAUAACAACGUCAUUCGCUAUUUCUGUCGCGAGCAAGCCGCCGGUUUCUUUUACAUCGCUCUGGAGCUGUGUCCGGCGUCUCUCCAGGACUUGGUUGAACGUCCCGGUGAUUACCCCCAGCUGGUUCAGGGUGGCCUGGAUAUGCCAGAUAUCCUGCGUCAGAUCAUUGCUGGUGUUCGGUACCUGCAUUCUCUCAAGAUUGUGCACCGAGACUUGAAGCCGCAGAAUAUCCUUGUGGCUAUGCCUCGAGGACGCACAGGCUCGCGGUCUCUGCGACUGCUCAUCUCUGAUUUUGGUCUAUGCAAGAAGCUUGACGAUAAUCAGAGCUCGUUCCGAGCAACCACAGCGCAUGCCGCAGGUACGUCUGGUUGGCGAGCUCCGGAAUUACUGGUAGACGACGACAACCGUUCGGCGAUCCAAGGCGGCGAGUCUCAGCAUACCGAGUCAUCUGAACCAGCGGUGGUGGAUCCACAAACCAACAGACGAGCAACUCGCGCCAUCGACAUCUUCUCCCUGGGUUGUGUUUUCUAUUACGUGUUGACGCGGGGUAGCCACCCCUUCGACAAGAACGGGAAGUUCAUGCGGGAGGCGAAUAUUGUCAAGGGCAACUUCAACCUGGACGAACUCCAGCGCCUAGGCGAUUACGCCUUUGAAGCAGACGACCUGAUUCGAUCAAUGUUGUCUCUUGACCCUCGCAAACGACCCGAUGCCAGUGCCGUUCUGAUGCAUCCUUUCUUCUGGAACCCGUCCGACCGUCUCAGCUUCCUCUGCGACGUAUCGGAUCAUUUUGAGUUUGAGCCACGGGACCCUCCUUCGGACGCCCUUUUGUGUCUCGAAUCCGUGGCUUGUCGUGUGAUGGGCCCUGAGAUGGAUUUCCUACGCCUUCUGCCCAAGGAUUUCAAGGACAACCUCGGCAAGCAGCGCAAGUACACGGGCUCGAAGAUGUUGGACCUUCUCCGGGCGCUACGUAACAAGCGCAAUCAUUACAACGACAUGCCGGCACAUCUCAAGGCACACAUUGGCGGCUUGCCAGAGGGGUACCUGAAUUUUUGGACCGUUCGGUUUCCCAGUCUUUUGAUGAGCUGCCACUCGGUCAUUGUAGAGUUGCGCUUGACCAGGAUUGACCGGUUCAAGCGAUAUUUUACCCCGGUUGAGUAG